AUGGCCCAAUCAGGAUGUUUUGGGCCUUUGCCCUCCGUUGUCUCAUCUCCCUUAGCAAGUAACUCCAUUCCCAUUGCCGCCGACAAGCCCAUAAAGUGUCGGACAUCUGUCAAACGUAAAAGGUGCCAUCGCUCCCCGUCUGGUGACAAUUUUUCCCAAAUUAAACUUUUCCCUGACCUCGUUCCGGAUCCGGAAUUUCUGCCGCAUAACCUUCAAUCAUCCUUCAAUAUCGCCGUGGGUAUGAACCACGAUAAUCCUAUCGUCCAUCAGACCACUCUUACAUGCCCUGUCUCAGAUAGGAGCUUACCUAUUUCUGGAAGAAAAUUCGAAUGGAUUCGUGAAGUUCCAAUAAAGGUGGUUUGCUUUAUAUGGCGGGCGUGGCUGGGGAAAAUUCCCACUAAGUUAGCACUAGUAAAACGUGGGGUUUCCGUGGGAGAUAUAAAAUGUAGUCUUUGUGAUGACUGGGAGGAAGAUUCGGAUCAUGUUUUGGUUGGGUGUGAAUAUGCGAAAGAAGUACUGAGCUGGAUCUUUAAAUGGUGUGGUGUGACGAUGCCCCCAAUGAGAACUGUGGUUGAGUUACUGGAUUUUGCCAACAAUUGGUCGAAUAAUCCAAGUAAAAGGAGGUUGUUCUUGGGGAUUUGUUAUGGUGCUCUUUGGGGCAUUUGGAAACAAAGGAAUGACAGAGGGUUUAAUGAUUCCAAGAUGCCCCCAGCCAAAUGUGCUGAUCUCAUUCAGUCCACAUUGUUUCUCUGGAUGAAAAAUAGGAAGGAAAACUCUAAUAUGAUUGUGUCAUUUAGGCCUCUUGAAACUUCAAAUCCUUUAGCAUCCAAGCAUUAUAUAAAACUCACUCUUAGCAACCUAGAUUCUGUACAUCUGAAGGUUACUAUUUUUGGAGCUCAAGCAUAUCAGAUUUCAGAAUACCUAAAAAAUAACCCCACGGUUAAUUGUGUUGUUAUAGUGAUGCAGUUUUUGAAGCUUAACAUUUGGAAUGGAAUUGGUGAAGCUAAAAGUCAUUUUGAAGUAACGAAAUUGUUCAUAAAUUCUGACAUUUUCGACAUUAAUGAAUUUAAUAAAAAAUUGAAAGAUGACAAUGUCGGUAUUUCUGAAAAAAGCAUAACUACACUUCAAAGCUAUUUUUCUUCAUAUACAGAUGACUUUAAAGGCAAUUUUCCAUUAAAACCAGUUUGUGAGAUCACCGAACCACUUAAGGAAAUGAAGUUUUUAUUAGUUGCUUCCAUUGUUAAUAUAAGGCAGAAUCUACCAUGGUAUAUAAUUCCAAUCAACGUACAAGAUUGUACUGGCACCAUUGGAUUGACUCUUUUUGAUAGGGAAGCAAAGAGGCUGUUAAAUACAAGUGCAUACGAGUUGAAAAAGAUACAUGAAGCGGCCGGAGACAGUGAUAUGCUAUUUCCAAUGCAACUUAACGUGUUGAAAAACCGCAAGUUUUGUUUUCUUGUAGAUAUUACAGAAUACAAUGUCAACAACUAUAAUAAUAUCUACACCGUUCUCAAAGUUACAGAAGAUAUGUCCAUUGUUUCUGAAUUGGAAAGUAAAAUAGAACUUAUGAGUGUUCAAUCUGUCUCCUUAAAUCAAGUGCCUUUGGAAUCAGAUGAUGUUGUACAGACUGUUCAAAAGGAUGUGAUCUCACAAACAGAUGAAAGUUUUACACCCUCAACAGUUGAUAAAUCAACUACAACAAGUCCUAGCAAAAUAUCAACGAUUUGA